AUGAGCAACAUCCGAGUCGCAAUUGUCGGAGGUGGUCCCGCGGGCCUCACGCUCGCACGCCUCCUCCAACUCAACAACCUCACAUGCACCGUUUUCGAGCUCGACAACGACUCCUUCGGACGAGACCAAGGAGGCACAGUCGACUUGCACCCCCGAGGAGGCCAGCUCGCCCUUCAACAUGCAGGUCUGACAGAGGAAUUCAAGAAGCUCUCCCGUCCCGAAGGUGAAGCAUUGAAGUUGCUCAAGUACGACGGCACCAUUGUGUAUGAUGAGAACACGAUGGGCAACACUCGAACCGAGGAGUACGCCGAUCGCCCAGAAAUCGAUCGCACAAAGUUGCGGGAAUUGCUUCUCAACUCACUGAAACCCGGAACCGUGGUGUGGAACAAAAAGUUGCAGUCUGUCCAGAAGUCGUCCUCGCAGGCCGGUAAAUAUGACCUCAAAUUUAAGGAGGGUACGGAGGAAGGAUUCGACCUCGUUGUUGGCGCUGACGGUGCUUGGUCUAAAGUUCGCCCAUUCCUCACCGACCAGCAACCGUAUUACUCGGGCGUUACCGCCAUUGAGCUAUGGGCGUUGGAUUUCGACAAAAAGCACCAUUGGCUGAGCGAAUUCGUGGGUGCGGGGAAUUGCUUCAUGUUUGAUGAAGGUCGCGCGAUUCAAGCUCAGAAAUUGGGAAACAACAGCAUUCGGGUUUACGCAGGAGUGCGACAGCCCGAAGACUGGCUUGAGACAUGUGGAAUCGAUUGGACUUCGCCCGAUAUCGCCAGGGAAAAGCUCAUUGAGCAGUAUUAUAGCAACUGCAGCGACGAUCUGAAGCGAGUCAUCCGUGACGCCAAUGACAAACUCGUCCCACGCAAGAUGUGGAUGUUGCCCGUCGGGUUCCGGUGGGAGUCCGACGCAGGAGUGACGCUGCUGGGAGAUGCAGCUCAUGUCAUGACCCCUUUCGCUGGCGUCGGCGUCAACCUUGCCAUGAUCGAUUCAUUGGACCUUGCGAAGGCUAUCAUCGGCUGCGGCGGGGACCGAGAAAAGUUGCCAGAAGCGAUCAAAGCAUACGAAGAUGAAAUGCUGAACCGUGCAGAGCAAUUCGCAAAGAAAACCUACAAAGGUCUGAUACAUCAUUUCAGUGCUGAUGGGUGCGACGAAAUGGCUGCACGCUUGAGAGGAAGAUAA